AGAGAGAGAAAAUCAAAAGGAGACAAAGCUGGGUCCAACAACUUCUAGUAGAGCCUAAAGUUCUCACAUCACAUAAACCUCUCUCUCUCUCUCUCUCUAUUUCUUCCUCAUCUUACUCGGACCUCAAGCCUCCGUCCUCCCCCACCCACUGAGACCCGGUGCUGCGCUCUGCAGGCAGAGGAGACCAAGGACGGACGGACGGACGGAGGGUGAGUGCGUCGCCUCUUGUUUUGAUUCCUCGCGGUUUUGCCUGUCCUCGUUGGGGAUUCUCGGACCUGCAUUUGCCUCCGGGGAGAAUUGAUUCAGACGCGUUCUCGUGGGACUUGAUGAGGAGGCUGCUGUGAGGAAACAACCUUGCGAGGCAAGAACAGUUGGUGAAGCAAAGUGGGAAGAAAGCUAGAGGCGACCAAAUGACAGCUGAAUCCUCCUCGGUUUCCCAAACUUCCUCUGAAUCCAUUGCGCAAAAGAUGGGAUUCUUCAGAGUCCCUGACGUUCUUGUCAAACUGAGCACCAAAUGCUUGAUUGAAUUGGAUGCGGUCCGCAGUCCAACAUCGCCCCUAGACCUCAAGUUCUUCACAGGCCUUGGUGCGAAAUCACCCAGAUCAUUUUCCCUUGAUGCCAGCCAGAACCAAAAGAUCCUGCUUGGUGACAGGGUUGGGCUUGGACUAGUGGAUUCCCUCAGUGAUGAGAACCCCACACCCAUGGGCAGUAGGAAGGUUCUUCUUGGUUCUGAGAUGAGGAUUACUGAUAAUUUGCCCCGCAAGAACAGCUCCACUGCUCCUGUUCAAGCUGAGGAGGUUGUACAGAAGGAUGAUAAUAUGUCUGAUGGAAUGAAGGGUAGUAUCAUGUCCCUUGAUGACAUUGUCAAUUCCGAAGAUUACACCUGUGUUGUUUCCCGUGGCCCUAACCCUAGAACUACCCACAUAUUUGGAGAUCGUGUUUUUGAGUUUCAAGUUGAGCAGCUGAUGCCUAAUGAGAGUAAGGGUGCGGAGAGUAUGUCUCCUCAUGUGAAAGAGGGUACAAUGAGCUUCUGUUGUUUUUGCAGUGAGAAGCUCAAAGAAGGAAAAGACAUCUACAUCUAUCAGGGUGACAAAGCCUUUUGCAGCAUGGAGUGCAGGGAAAAUUUCAUGGAAGAUGAGAUGGAACAAGGCGAACCCAUGACAGAUCAUCAUGUUUCUCCUAGCAGCUCACCCUUUGAGGAUGGUCGUAUUUUCCAACUGAUCCGUUGAAUGAGCAUCGGUAACAACUUGAUAUGGUCGUAUCUGAAGUGCUGUUUGAGGUUAAUAAGUUGCAGCCAUGGAUGUGAUCAUGUUUGCUGAGUUGUUGCCUGAAGAUUUUGUUUGUUGCGGCACUGAUGAAUUUACCUCACCUAUUGAUUUCUUUAUUUUGCUUACUGGGAUCCUCGAAUUUUUUGGAGGAGUCCAAAAAAUGACUGUACCUCUGAUCAUAUUAUUAUCUUGAUCGGAGAAGGGCGUGUGCAUGUAUUUGGACUUGUGUUUGUUUGCUUGGACCUCGUUUUCACUGGCUGUCAUAUGUGGACGCCUUUCAUUACUGUCAUGUAUUUGAACCUAUAUGCUUCGGCAUGUAUUAUCGUAAAGAAAAUGGUAAAUGAUAAUCCCGAAGUAUACUAGCUGCUCUUGUUUACAUUUUUUUUUUCUCAUUUGGUUUCAUGUUUUCGACUUAUCAGACACUAUCCGAUUGUUGCCAGGAAUUACUCUCUUGUAUCCAAGUAAGGAAUUGUUCACAUCAACAGGCACAUCGGUGUCAAUUUCAAA